AUGAGACUCUCCAUAAUCUCCAGUUUCUGCACGCUUCUUGGGGCCUUGCCUCUAGCGGCAUCGCUCAAUAUUCUCAUAUCUUCCACCGACUCGUGGGUGGAAAAAAAUGCCCGGUACUUGCACCCGGCUUUAGUUGAGGCGGGCCAUACAGUGGUGUUUGUUGGCCCUCUCCACCCCAACCUGGUGAAUUCUGCAGGCGGACUUUUCCAGGCGCAAAAACCGGGCCAGAGACGCAAAGCAAGCGAAUUGCCCGACUAUGAGGAUGCGUAUUCUGCGGGCGACUUUGGCCAUUUGAAAGAGGCCCACCAGAAAUACUACACGUACACGCGGAAACUCAACGCUCUUUUGCGGGGCGCCAAGGGGGUGAUUCAAAAAAAGGAGUCUGUUGAAUUUGACGCCGAGUUUGUAAAGGAAACCUCGGAACUCGUCCGAAACCCCACGUACGGCCAGGACCCGUUGAACCCGGAUUUCUGGUAUGUCAACGGCUCGCCGCUCGAGGCGUUGCUGGUGGCUUUUGACGUGAUUCUCCCCACGCACGUUUCCGGCUUUUCGCCGGAUUUGGUGCUUCUAGGGCCAAACGAGGGUCUCCAUCUCACGUGCAGCGACUCCCCGGAUGUUUCUGGGAUUCCCAUCACGGAUUUGCUCGCACUCAAAGACGAGCUCGAAGCCAUGCGGCUUCUUGCCCAGGUCAAGAACCACCGCGUGAUUUCCGUGUCCACCGAGGACUCUCACCACAUUUACUACGAAGACGAGGGGUUUUUCAACGUGGAGGAAACGUCGUACGACAAGCUGUUCAAGGCCAACUUCGUCACACAGAACAUUCAAUUCGUGAACCUGCGCUUGAUCAGCUUGGUGGACAAAGUGGUGCUGCACAUGGAAACUGGCCAGGCGCUCAACGUGAACUUUCCAUCCAUGAACAAGCGUCUGUCCACGUGCUCCACAAGCCGAGGCGUGGGGCCGCAAUUUUCUCAGGUUGCAAGCAGUACGGGUAAACGAAACAUGAUGGGAAAGAUCUUCGCCAUUCCGCAACUUUCUCUUGGGGACGAUUGCGUGGAGAUGGCACAAAAGAAUCUUUUCAAAGUCUCCGAGGCUUUGGACGGCGCUGCAGAGCUUUCGGACUUGGAGUUCACUCGCCUUCAGCAUUUACUCGCCCCUUCAGACGGCAUAACCGUUGGACCAGAUGCCAGGCAGAGCGUCUCUGGAAGCGACGAGACCCAAAUGCGUGCUUGCAAUGCGGACGAAUACAAGGCUUUGGAGCUGUGUCAGAUUGCGGUUUCCGUGAACGAUCUUGCCAGAGGAAGCAGCUUGAGUGAAGAAAUACUCGAUGUGGUGAGGUAUUUAUAG